CUAGGUUCCAAGACGUGGAAGCCUAGGCAGAGGGAUGGCUAGAAAGGCUUAAAUCAUGCAGAGCCCUGCCUUUCUUCUGUGGGAUGUGGACUAUACCAUAUACACCUGUGGAUCCAUCUUAAUUAUUGUACUAAUAAUUUGGCAAGUGAAAAAAAGGCACCAAAAGUUAAUGUUGACACCUAGCAAGAGCUGUUGUCAGCAUCAACGAAGAGAUAAACACAGGUCUAGAGAGAAAACACCAAGAGCUAACAAAUCCUCCCAGAAAGAAGCUGAGAAGCUGCAGAAGCUACUGUCCACCAUGAAAAGCCAGGGGUGGCUUCCCCAGAAAGGAAGUGUGCGGCGGCUCCUGUGCAGGGAUCCCUCCUGCCAGAUCUGCAACACUGUCGCUCUGGAGAUCCAGCAGUGGCUCGUGGGUGAAAACAAGCAGAUCUCUCCUACUGUAGCAAAACCGUCACACAGCUGUUCUUGUCUAAGAACGUUGUCCACAUCAAGUGUGCCUUUUGAACAGAGUCAUAGACGGAGUUUCCAGAACUCCAGAGAGCUUUUCCUGACACCUGGUGCCUCAUUGACACAACUAAUAGACCAGAAAUCUUUACCUCAGUCAGCUUCCCAGUCGACUGGUGGAGUCAGCAUCGAAGAGCACUGGUCUGAUCCCCUCCAGUCAAUUCCAGCACCACAUGCAUUCCAGGAUGUAAAAACUCUCUCUUCACCGAACCUUGAAGAACCUGAGAUUCCUGUGAACUGGAAGGAGAAAACAAAGAGUAAGCCAACUCUUGCCCUGAUGAACUCAGAUGCUCCAGAAGUGGAUUUGGGAAACACGAUGACAUUCUUUUCGCACUGGAUUAACCCUGAAGUGAAAUGUCAAAGGCACGAGGAACUCAUUCUCCACCCCAAAUCUGAGGCAGUGGCCGACUCCAAGACAAAAGAGGUCAAGAAGGUUCCAGCUCCCACCAAAGACCACAUCAAAGGAGCUAACUUGAAGGUGACCGGAAAGGAGCCUGAGACCCUGCCGUGCUGUACUAAGGAGGAGCAGGACUUGACCUCUUUAGAUGCCUGCACAGUCAGCUCCAGCAACGCUUCCUCCAAGCCAUUCAAGCCUGGGGCCCCUGCCAUUCCCACAAAAUCUUCUCCAAAGUCUACUCCAAGAUCUGCUUCCAAAUCUGCUCCAAACUCUGACUGCGAUUGACUCCUGGCACCCAACCAAGAAAUAUAUCCCAGGUCUCAACUCUCACAUCAGCAGAAAGCACUGAUUGACACAAAGAGAAUACUUAUUUCAAGCAAAGGGCAUUUGUAAGUUCACCAGCCUCUGCAUCCCCCACGAAAAAAGCUUCAAAAAGCCAUUUUUGUUAAUGUGAAAGUAAGGCAUGGCAUCUCCAAAUAUACUCU